AUGGAGAAUCUCAAAUCUAUUGAUAAACGAUUUGGUCAGCCAGUCCGUACUUUCACGACAUUCAAUCAAACUGCGGAUAAGUUAUAUCUAAACCCUAAAGUUAGCCCGGUAAAUGCGCUGUCAUCUCCAGUUAUUUACCAGCAUUCUUCUCUCCAAAAGGAUAGACGUCCGAAGAACUAUAUGGCAGCGAGCACAGAACGCGCUGAUACAGGAUAUCACCAACACCAUCUCUGCGAUGACAAUGUUGACAAUUGUACUAAAAGAGAUUUUAAUAAUGCAUCUAAGAAUAAACAAAUUAGGCUUGGAAAUCAUAGUUCAAAUAAAUCUAUGCAGCAAGGAAAGCAAUUUGAUGCCAAUGGAAAAGGUCCUAUUCCAAGCGGCCUCAAUGAAAGCAAAGCUACAAAAUUUUCUUAUAAAAUGAGUAGAGAUGACAGUGAGUCAACAUAUAAUGAUGCUCUUAAGGGUACUGCAAGAUGCGAUACAGACGGUAUCGAACAUAGUUAUGGUUACGGUAAUCAUAAACCGUAUACUGUAGCAUCUUCCAAGGCCACCACUGCUGUACGCAAUGACACUGAAAAUCGCAAAGCCUUAAGAGCAAAGCAACAUCAACGCGUUCACAUCCAGUCCCAUAACAUAACAUAUGCAAAUGAUGCAAAGAGUGAAAAUUCUAAGAACGAGCAAAUAGCGAAUUUAUCCAAAUCGUUAGAUGUUGGAACCAGAGUAAGAUGCGGAAAUUUAGACGAAUCUUCUUAUCGUGAAGGAAAUCACAAUCAUAAUUUACAGAGCAAAAAGUCUGACAGCGGUGUCUCUCAAGCGAAUAGUCGUAAAACUCACAGUAUUUGCGAUAAAAAGAAUUCGAAAGGAGCUCCAGGCAUGUCACAUCCGAAAGUCAGUUCAACGAACAAUAAAACCUCCAUGAGUGCGAUAUUAAAAGAAAAAUGCGAAUUGCUAAUGUCAAAGAAUAACUUACUCCCUCGAAGCAAUUCAAUGGAUGGUGCUAAAGAACCUAUAGUCCAUACAGAUUGCAAAAAGCCUAGCCAAUCUGUUGAAUUUUUGCACCAAGUAUCUAGAUCUGAAUUUCCGAUUACGUUUAGAAAAGAAUCUAAAGAGCAAAAUUCGAACAAAUAUCCAAGUUCGGAAUCUCUUAAAACUGCAGAAUUACGACCCUCAAUUACAAGAAAGUUAAAUGAUACCAACACCAGUACGACCACCACUAAAAGAAUGGUUAAAUUUGCUUCAGAUCGCUACAGUACGUCCCACGUCCAAUUAAAAAAAUCUCAAAGCGUAGACUCUCAACUAGACUACAAUGACAGCUCACACUACUGCUAUGAAAGUAGUCGCCCUUGCAAGGACGAAAACUUUUAUGAAUCCAAGGACCAACCAAAUCCGAGGCGAGUACCACCUAAUUACAAUGGAAAGGUAUCCUCUUCCAAUAAAAUGAAGAACCGAUACGAAGCAGGUCCUGCAGCUCACAACAGCCAAUCCGAUAACGACAAUUAUAUAUCAGAAAGCGAUUUCGAUCAUUCUAGCAAUGGUUUUAAGUCAAGCAAAUUCCUUGGCAGCAAUACUAGUGAUUGCUUUGAAGGUUUAAGGUUUGAAAAUCAAUCGACUCCCUGGUAUCAAGAAAUUGCAGAGCUUUCUUAUUGUUUACCAAGUAAUAAAAAGUCUAAUGCGGAUGUAAAUGAAAGUUCCUACAAUCAUAACCGGAAAGUAAACAAAAAACCUGUAAUUGGAAACACUGAAUCUAAACAUUCGAUAAUCCCCAGCGCUAGUGGCAAUCAAAGUCAAAAUAGCGAUGACUAUCAUGAUAAUAGCAGCGUAUGCACUAAAGAUCUCGGCCAUGACAGCGGUAUUGAUUCUAGUGCUAGCUAUCCACAAAAAUUUAUUCUGCAUUAUCACGAUACGGAGAAUAGCGUGUCCCACAUAUGUGAUGGUCCCAGAGAAGAUACAGGUAAAGGAAAAAGCUAUUACACCGAUUACGAAGGUCCUAGUCAUACGCAAGUUACCGCUACAUUUGCUGUCGACAAAUCUCGCAAUUGGGUAGGAAAGGAUUGUACCGAAGUUAGUCAUAGUAACUCGAGACACAAAAGUACAAACUCACCACAAGACGAUACAUCAUCAACCGAUAGCACUUUAGCCACUUCUGAUAAAAUUUUGAGCUGUAACAACAACCAGAACUUCUAUCCCAUUAAAAAUAGAGAAAAUAGUUUCGAUUCUUUAACGCACUACAGCAAGACAUCUGCAAGUACUAGUGGCAGUAAAAGCUCAAGAAAGCGUAUAUCUUACUUAUUUGAAGAUAAAGUUGAAAGAAAGUCAGUUACUGGUAGUAAUAGUGGUGGAUCUUCGUCAACAGAGGGCAGAGGUAUCAGCUCUUCGAUUAAGAGGGACCGUCGCCGAUCUUCAAGAAAUCAAUUGACGUACAUAGCAGUCGAUGAGAAAAGCAAGAAAGUAGCCAAUAGAUCAAAUGUUAGAUCUACAGCUCUUGAAUGUGCAACCAGUAAAUCCAAGCGAAAAGGAAAAGGAAAGCUUAGCAGUACUUGCAAAGUCUCAUAA